AAAGCUUGUGAAAAUGAUUAUUUUUCACAAUUUCGAUAACUUGGAGAUUCUACCGCAAAAACUCAGCGUUCUGCGCAAGUACUGACGCUUUGAACUUUAGGGGUUAUGUUUAGAUCAGUUUUGUUGAUUAUUCGUGAAAUAAAAAAUGUUUGAGGCCCAGGAAAUUAAUGCCGAACACAAGGACCUAAUCCACGAUGUUGCGUACGAUUUUUACGGCCAAAGAAUGGCCACUUGUUCCAGCGAUCAAUACGUUAAGGUUUGGGACCAAAACAGCGACGGCAAAUGGACUUUAACAUCAAGCUGGAAGGCCCACAGCGGCUCCGUUUGGAAAGUGACUUGGGCCCACCCCGAAUUUGGCCAGGUUCUGGCCACUUGUUCCUUUGACCGAACUGCCGCAGUUUGGGAGGAAAUUGUUGGUGAGACUCCCGGGCCUGGGGAAAGAGGGACGAGGCAUUGGGUCCGUCGGACAAAUCUGGUCGAUUCGAGGACUUCCGUUACUGAUGUGAAAUUCGGGCCACGGACGCAGGGUUUGCAGCUGGCGACCUGUUCAGCCGAGGGCAUUAUUCGGAUUUAUGAGGCGCCCGAUGUUUUGAAUUUGAGUCAAUGGACUUUGCAGUUUGAAAUCCAGUGCAAAUUGCCGUGCAGUUGCCUAAGUUGGAAUCCUAGUUUAUCAAAGAUGCAUCCUCUGAUGUUGGCGGUUGGAAGUGACGAUCCAAAUCCAGCCAAUGGAGUCAAAGUUUUUAUUUAUGUUUACAGUGAGAGUUGCCGGAAGUGGACGAAAAUGGAUGCCAUAACAAACAUUACAGACCCCGUCUACGAUCUCUCGUUUUCUCCUAAUUUAGGCCGCAGUUUUCAUGUUUUAGCCAUUGCCACCAAAGAUGUAAAAAUCGUUAAUUUACCUCACGUUUACGACAACCCGAAUUCGCAGAAUGUUAUUACAAAAUUAGAUGCACAAAUUGUUGCCCAAUUUGACGAUCAUGAAUCCACCGUCUGGAGAGUCUGUUGGAAUGUUACAGGAACUAUUUUGGCUUCAAGUGGAGACGAUGGUUGUGUCAGAAUGUUUAAAAUGAAUUACAUUAACUCGUGGAAGCCAAUAGCAGUAUUAAGAGGUGAUGGGUCACAAGUUUCUAAUGAAGGUCAAAGAUCAUCAGUUUCUUCAACAGUAGGGCCGCAAAUCCAAAGUGCGUCACAGACUGCUAGAUAUAUUAAACUCGGUGCCAUUUCUCAACCAAGAGACGUCCCUUGGCAUUAAUUUUUAAAUCCGUAAAAUGAGAACAAGAUGUAUUUCACAAAAUACUGAAUAAACUUUUAUUUUAA